AUGAAUGAAUUGGAUUCCGACACUCAUCUACUGACACAUGCCGGUCGAACAGCUCAAAGAGAUAUCGUGCAGUUCGUGCCUCUACGGAAUUUUCUACGGGAAGGAUGUACGGGAGCUGAGAGCGAAAGAGUGAUGGGACUGUUGGCGAAAGAGGUGUUGGCUGAGGUCCCUCUGCAGCUCACCUCCUAUAUGAAGAUGCGAAAUAUUGUCCCCAGACCGGCUGAUGAUCCAUUUCCCAAGGAUCCUGAAGCAGAGUAUCAACCAUUGGUGCCAUCAGAUAUGUCGUAUGUGGCAGAUCGUGGGGGUCCAGCUCCAUUGUAUCCAGCUCAACCUCCGGCUCCUCAGUAUCCUGUUCAACCGCCCAUGCCUCACUAUCCUGGUCAACCGACUGCUCAAUAUCCUAAUCAGCCACCUGUUCCUCAGUAUCCUGGUCAACCGCCUGCUUCCUCAGGCCAUCCAUCGGCUCAGAUACCUACCUCUCAAAUGGGAUAUCCACCUCCGAUGCCACAGCAAUAUGGUUUCGCGCCCUAUGGCGGUCAAUAUCCAUCGACAGCACUUCCACCACAACCAUACCCCUCACAACAACCAUAUCCACCUCAGCCAUAUCACUUCCAGCAGCAAUAUCCAGGUUACGCUCCUGUUGGUAUGCAACCGUAUCCUGCAGCAGGACCUCCUCCACCCAUGCAUCAAGCAAUCCCACAACAAACUGCCGCUCCUAAUGCUCCCACAGCUCCCCCUGUUGACCUCGGUGAUAUUCAGCCAACAUGGAAAACAUGA